AUGAAUAAAGAAGCUGAGCAAAUGGAGAAAAAUGCGCCUCGUCGUGCUGUUCGGUCGCGAAAGCUACCCAGCUCGUUGCGCUCGCCGUCUCCCACGCCCUUGUCUACACCACGACCCCCCUCUGACCCCACACAAAGAAUUUCCGCACAACUGGAAACCACCAAUAAACUUUCAAGCCCACCCAUCAAUCCUGAAGAAACCCAUGCCACUGGCCCCGGUAAGCGGAUACGCCGUCCCAACUCCAUGUAUAAGCCUCCUGAGGCUCUCACGGCUGAUUCUAAGCGUGCCUCACCACCCAAUACAGUACCUAAAUGCAAAUCUACACCCACUUCAUCUUCACUGCGUCCAAAAUCCAAAAGCCAUUUUAAAUCUGAAGAGAAUUUAGAUUCUCCCACGUCUGCUCGCAUAACUCUUCGUUUCUUUUCUCGCAGCCCCCAGCCAUCUACCAAUGAUUUGCAGAUGCCCCCAACAUUUACAAGACGUGGUGAACGUAUAACGGAGCCCACUCGGCGUCGUCAGUCUAACAAUGGCAUCAUGAGCCCGAAGCCCGUACGCACGGCUGCCGGGAUUGGGCGAGUAGGCCCUGCUCCUGUCUCUGAUGAUGAUGAUGAUGACGAUGGUGAUGACAAUGAAGUGGAUGAGCUCGCUAGGGAUGCACUGCACGUCGAAUUUGCUGAACGCGCAUGGUCUGUAUCCGUACAAGAUGCACCCAAAUCGGGCGCGCAUGCGGUCGCUGCCUCCGCACCAGAUGCCGAGUCAGAUGGUGAUGAUGAUAAUGACUUUCACCGGACGAUGCUACUGGAUGCUGAGCUGGAUAUGCUGACUCGCGUCGAUUCACCAAAAGGCAGUGAAUACGACGGCCCUUUGACAGAUGGCCACAUGACUACGCCUGCGUCCCCGGGAUCGAGAGAUUCACCCUCAUGGACGCGGAGCUGCUCUCCCACAUCAGAUGAAAACAAAGAUACUGUGUUUGUGCAUGCGCUCCCUGUUCCUCAUUCGCGGUCAUCUGAGUCAGGAGCCCAUGCCGGCUCGAUUACCCUAUCGUUGCCUUAUGAAUUUGCGCCCGGCAUGCACCAUGACCCUUUACAACAUGAAGCCGCAUUGGCAUCACCUAUAUUGGAUGCGCAUGGUGACACGCCACUCACACCUGUACACACCGUUACGGCUGCUGAGCUUGCAGAAAAAUCUGACAAAGAAGACGACAAGAACAUUUUGCCAUCUCUCGUUACCCCGUCUCUUCCAUCGGAUUUAUCGCGUGUUUCACCGACACUGAUACCACGCUCACCCGAUGCACUGAUGGGCAGCAUGAUGACGGGUGUUGAUGCCGCCGGAAGCGCAAGUACGAAUGGUGAUUUGGACAGCCUGCCAGCUGCACCCCUUCUCGAAGAUGCAUUUGAGUCAUCUGACCAAUCUCCUACGCCACGUGGGGAUAUCAUACCCAGGUCUGAGAUUUGGCUCGAUACAAGUAUGUCCAUGAAGCUGCCGUUGCGUGAUGACGCAGACAUGGACCAUCUUUUCAAUGUGCCGGAUAAGAUUAUGGCUUUGACUGAUCUCGAUCGUGCUUGGGGCUCGUCAGAGAAUCUUGAACCGACUACGUGUCCCGUCAAUGACCGUAAGAGAUCUACACACAGCACACAUGCACAAUCGAAGCGGCGUCAUUCUGGCAAUGCAUCGACAUGCGCUACCUAUCCGCGUAGCCACUCGACUCGUUUACGAAGCCGCGCUUUGUGA